UGACUGGUUCCCUGCAGUGGCAGCUUGUUCUGCCCCUGUGGAGGUAGCCAGUCCUUUGGGAAGGUCACCAGGACCUGCACACAAGAGGCUCAGCCUGCAGCUGGAGGUCUGAAUACAGAGCCUCUUCUUAGCUGGCAUCACCUCCAUCAUCUUCACCAUGCGGCAGGAAGCAUUCUGGAGUGCCUUGGAGUACACCUGCCGAUUGUUGGGCAUCACCACUGCAGCAGUGCUGAUCGGCGUGGGUGUAGAAACUCUACAGCGAGGGCAGUUCAAAAGCCUGGCUUUCUACCUGCUUUUUUCAGGUAUUGCAGUUACUGUCUGUGAAGGCUUCUUCUUUCUCAGUUUGUUCCUGGAGAUGUGCUUCACAUAUGAGCCCGACUCUUUGGCGCAUUCCUGCUGGAAGCAAGCCAGACGCCCAGGGAGUUUCCAGAAAUUCCUGGGGUACACUCUGCUCUCAGUGGCUUGCUUCUUGCAUCCCGUCAUCGUUUGGCAUGUCACCAUACCUGGGUCCAUGCUUGUUCUCACUGCCUUGGCCUACUUCCUGCUGAGCAAGAGGAGAAAGACCUCAGGGCACAAAGACGCGCAUCCUGAGGCAGGCCAGUACGUGGACCCUUCAGCUACUAUGGCAGCCCCAACCAUUGCUGGUGACACUGAGCAGACCUACACCUUCCAUGAGGCCCAGAGGGAGCAGCACUGCUCACUGCUGGGCCACAUGAAGAGCAUCCUGAAGGGCAGCAAGGACAGAAGUCUGACCCAUCCAGCUGCACUCCAACCGGAGGUCCCACCAGCCCCACGCAAGCAAGUGCACUUCCAGGAGAAGGUGGUGCAAAUCAUCCCUUCUGUCAGUGAAAGCCUGGAUGAUGUGGAAAGUGAGACUGAAGAAACCACAUCAGAUACAGCACCCAUCCUCACCCCUCCUGAUACCCCUGUCGUCCUCACACCCCUCAGUCCCACAGGACUGUUUUGAGGACUCACCAGCAACAAGGAUAAGGCAGGCACACUUGUACUUGAGUUCCUCUCUGAGAUUCAGGCAGCUGAUGGACCUUGUGCCAUGGGCAGCGCUGCCACAAUGACUAGAGUAUCACAGCUUCCUCUGCACUUGCUAUGAUCCUGGCAGGUCAGCAGGAAAUCCCACAGGCCAACCCCACAGCUAGCAAGGAGGAUGAGGGAUGGAAUGUGUGUCACCCAUGCCCCAGUGUGGAGGAGUGGCCCUUCUUGCCCUCCCUACCCUGGCUGGUUCACCUGUUAAGCAGGGACUGCAUGUACAGAUCAGGACUGCAGAGCUGGUGACAGGGACUGUGGUGGUCUGCAGCCCUACAACACCAUGCCCAGGGGACAGGCCAUGGAUUGACCAGCCCAUUGGAAAAACAGUAAGGUUUCUCCUCCUGGGAAUUUCUCUCUAUGGCUUCAUUCAUCAUCUAUUACAGAAUGACAUGCCACAGCAGCAGCUUCUGCCUAACAUCACAGCCAUGGCAUUUGCUUCCUAUGAGGCAGUAAGAGGCAGGAAGAGUGCUACCACCAUCCAUCAAGCAGCCCCUGUUGGGAACAGUUGUCUUCUGACUGUCCUUGUUGUGCCUGGAAUAGCUCAUGGAAGCUUGGAGUUAUCAAGCACUCUUCUGGAGCUAGCUCUUACUAAAUGUUCUGCUUUGAGACAUACUCUGGGCCCGGCAGGGGAGUUACGUCACUGUGGGAGCAGGGAGGACCCUAGGGAGCCUUCUGCAGUUAGAAGAGCUUUGGAAUGCCAUAGCACCUCAAGUUCCAAGGUUCAUCACUGCACUGGCUGGCUCAUCAGACUGUGUUAAAUACGGCCCCCAGAGGGCAAAGGCAAUAAUAAAGUUACAAUGCUCCCCCA